GCCGCGCGCCCCCUUCCCGCCGCCCCUCCCUCGGCGCGGGGUGCCCCCCGGCGGGCGGCGCGAGGACAUGGCCAGCGACGCGGUGCAGAGCGAGCCCCAUAGCUGGUCCCUGCUGGAGCAGUUGGGCCUGGCGGGUGCCGAUCUGGCAGCCCCAGCAGUGCAACAGCAGCUGGAGCUGGAGCGGGACCGGCUGCGGCGAGAGAUCCGCAAAGAGCUGAAGCUCAAGGAGGGCGCCGAGAACCUGCGACGCGCCACCACCGACCUGGGCCGCAGCCUGGGCCCUGUGGAGCUGCUGCUGCGGGGUUCGACCCGGCGCCUCGACCUGCUGCACCAGCAGCUUCAGGAGCUACAUGCCCACGUGGUGCUGCCUGAGCCUGCAGCUGGCACCGGAGAUGCCCCCCUGUCCCCCGGGGCAGGAGGCCCCACCUGCUCGGCCGCCAACCUGAGCCGAGCGGCCGGGCUGGAGAAGCAACUGGCCAUCGAGCUGAAGGUGAAGCAGGGGGCGGAGAACAUGAUCCACACCUACAGCAAUGGAAGCACAAAGGACCGGAAGCUGCUGCUCACGGCCCAGCAGAUGCUGCAGGACAGUAAGACCAAGAUCGACAUCAUCCGCAUGCAGCUCCGCCGGGCACUGCAACAGGCUGGGCAACUAGAGAGCCAGGCGGCCCCCGAGGACGCACAAGGGAGUCCAGACCUGGGGGCCGUGGAACUGCGCAUCGAGGAGCUGCGCCACCACUUCCGAGUGGAGCACGCGGUGGCCGAGGGCGCCAAGAAUGUGCUGCGUUUGCUCAGCGCGGCCAAGGCUCCGGACCGCAAGGCUGUCAGCGAGGCCCAGGAGAAGCUGGCCGAGUCCAACCAGAAGCUGGGCCUGCUCCGAGAGGCCCUAGAGCGGCGGCUGGGGGAGCUGCCCGCUGACCACCCCAAGGGGCGGCUGCUGCGUGAGGAGCUGGCCGCCACCGCAUCCCCUGCCUUCAGUACCCGCCUGGCCGGACCCUUCCCUGCCACCCACUACAGCACCUUGUGCAAACCAGCUCCCCUCACAGGGACCUUGGAGGUGCGUAUCAUAGGCUGCAGGGACCUUCCUGAGACCGUGCCCUGGAGCUCUGUGCCCUCGGUGGGGGGCUCCGGAACCCCUGAUGGCCGUACCCCUUUCCUGGGCCGCCCGGCCCGUGGCCUCUACAGCCGGAGCGGUAGCCUGAGUGGCCGGAGCAGCCUUAAAGCCGAAGCCGAGGUCACAGGCGAGGUGACCACGGUGCUGAGGCUGGAUAACACGGUGGUGGGCCACACGUCCUGGAAGCCCAGCGGGCCCAGUGCCUGGGACCAGAACUUCACCCUGGAGCUAGAGAGGGCGCGGGAGCUGGAGCUGGCCGUGUUCUGGCGGGACCAGCGCGGCCUCUGCGCCCUCAAGUUCCUCAAGCUGGAGGAUUUCCUGGACAACGCACGCCAUGAGGUCCAGCUGGACAUGGAGCCCCAGGGUUGCCUGGUGGCUGAGGUCACCUUCCGAAACCCCGUCAUUGAGCGGAUUCCCCGUCUCCGGCGGCAGAAGAAGAUCUUCUCCAAGCAGCAAGGAAAGACCUUCCAGCGUGCGAGGCAGAUGAACAUCGAUGUGGCCACUUGGGUACGGCUGCUUAGGAGGCUCAUCCCUGCCCCAGGCGGCACCUUCAGUCCCGGGGCAUCCCCCGGCCCCGAGGCCCGAGGCACUGGAGACAUCCCCAUGGAGAAGCUGACCCUGGCCUCUGACCCAGACAGUGCACCCCACAAGGGCGACCCCAGCUCCCUCUCCAGCUCCUCCAGCCUGAGUUCCCCAGGACAGGAAACUGUGCCCGCACCAGAGCCACCUUCAGAGGCCCCUCAGAGCCCAGGCACGGUCCUUGGCAGUCCCCUGAGGAAUUCCCCCCUGUCCCUGGAGGAUUUCAAGUUCCUGGCAGUGCUCGGCCGGGGUCACUUUGGGAAGGUGCUGCUCUCCGAGUUCCGAGCCAGCGGGGAGCUGUUUGCCAUCAAAGCUUUGAAGAAGGGGGACAUUGUGGCCCGGGACGAGGUGGAGAGCCUGAUGUGUGAGAAGCGGAUCCUGGCGGCGGUGACCAGCGCGGGACACCCCUUCCUGGUGAACCUGUUUGGCUGUUUCCAGACGCCCGAGCACGUCUGCUUCGUGAUGGAAUACUCGGCCGGCGGGGACCUCAUGCUGCAUAUCCACAGCGACGUGUUCUCGGAGCCACGUGCUGUCUUCUACUCCGCCUGCGUGGUGCUGGGCCUGCAAUUCCUGCACGAGCACAAGAUCGUCUACAGGGACCUGAAGUUGGACAAUUUGCUCCUGGACACCGAGGGAUAUGUCAAGAUCACAGACUUUGGCCUCUGCAAGGAGGGAAUGGGCUAUGGAGACCGGACCAGCACUUUCUGCGGGACCCCCGAGUUCCUGGCCCCCGAGGUGCUGACCGACACGUCGUACACGCGUGCGGUGGACUGGUGGGGCCUGGGCGUGCUGCUCUACGAGAUGCUGGUGGGCGAGUCCCCCUUCCCAGGGGAUGACGAGGAGGAGGUGUUCGACAGCAUCGUGAACGACGAGGUGCGCUACCCUCGCUUCCUGUCGGGAGAGGCCAUCGGCGUCAUGCGCAGGUUGCUGCGUAGGAACCCCGAACGCAGGUUGGGGUCCAGUGAGCGGGAUGCGGAAGAUGUGAAGAAGCAGCCCUUCUUCAGGAGCCUGGGCUGGGACGCCCUGCUGGCUCGCCGCCUGCCACCGCCUUUUGUACCCACCCUGGCCGGCCGCACAGACGUCAGCAACUUCGACGAGGAGUUUACCGGGGAGGCCCCGACGCUCACGCCGCCCCGGGACGCGCGACCACUCACUGCCGCCGAGCAGGAUGCCUUUCGGGACUUCGACUUCGUGGCGGGGGGCUGCUAGCCCUUCCCAACGUCCCCGCGCCCCACUCCCCACCCUCCACCCCAUCCCCACAGAGCUCUUAGUAGUUUUUAAAAAUGCAAACUUUGGGCUUUGCACCCCA